UUCUCCUCCUUCUCCUGCCUCUGGGCCGAGCUGGGCCGGGUGCUCUUGGCCAGAGGAAGGCCGGCAGGGCAUGGCUGAGCCCCCCGUCCUCUGCUGGGGGGCUCUGGACCGGAGGCGAAAGGAGCAGGUUUCGAUCUUCUCUUAAAUCUGUUGGAGGCUUUGGAUUAUCUCUAAUAGAGGUUAUCGUUGCAGAUUAUUGAACUUAAUUCAGAAGAAUACAUUUCCAGGUUUGCUGGUAUGGGUAAUCUUCUUAAAGUCCUUACCAGGGAAAUUGAAAACUACCCACAUUUUUUCCUGGAUUUUGAAAGAACCAAAUGGGAAAUCUUUUAAAAGUUCUCACUUGCACAGAGUUUGAUCAAGGGCCAUUUUUUUUCCUUGACUUUGAAAAUGCUCAGCCUUCAGAUGGAGAAAGGGAAGUAUGGAACCAAGUCAAUGCUGUCUUACAGGAUUCAGAAAGCAUGCUGUCCGACCUGCAGUCUUACAAAGGAGCUGGACAAGAGAUUAGAGAUGCAAUACAAAAUCCAAAUGAUAUCCAGCUUCAGGAAAGAGCCUGGAAUUCAGUGUGUCCUCUGGUUGUGAGGUUGAAGAGGUUCUACGAAUUUUCUCUUCGACUAGAGAAAGCACUGCAGAGCUUACUGGAAUCUUUGACUUGUCCUCCCUAUACACCAACUCAGCACUUAGAGAGAGAACAGGCCUUAGCAAAGCAGUUUGCAGAGAUCUUACAUUUCACUCUCCGCUUUGAUGAACUCAAGAUGAGAAACCCAGCAAUUCAAAAUGACUUCAGCUAUUAUCGGAGGACACUGAGCCGCAACAGAAUAAACAACAUGCAUCUCGACAUUGAGAGUGAAGUGAACAACGAGAUGGCUAAUAGAAUGUCCCUGUUUUAUGCAGAAGCUACACCGGUGCUGAAAACUCUGAGCAAUGCCACAACACGUUUUGUUGCAGAAAACAAAACUUUGCCACUCGAGAAUACAACUGACUGUCUGAGUACAAUGGCCAGUGUAUGUAAAGUCAUGCUGGAAACACCAGAAUACAGAAGUAGAUUCACCAGUGAAGAAAGCCUUAUGUUCUGCAUGAGAGUCAUGGUUGGCGUCAUCAUUCUGUAUGACCACGUUCAUCCUGUGGGAGCUUUUUGCAAGGCCUCCAAGAUAGAUAUGAAGGGUUGCAUAAAGGUUUUAAGGGAAGAGCCACCAGACACUGUUGAAGGACUCUUGAACGCACUCAGGUUCACCACGAAACAUCUGAACGAUGAAUCUACUUCAAAACAAGUUCGAGCUAUGCUUCAGUAGCACCCUCCUUUGACAAAUGGACUUUUGUAUUAUUUAGAGAACAUGUUUGUUUACAUAAUUUAAUAGUGUGUGGUGUUAAUACAUAUGCGUAGUUUACACAAUAGAACAACUGGUUUCUUCCUGUUGCUGUAAUAUGUGGACUUUGUAUCAAUAACAUGACUGACUGACUGUAGCCACAGCAACUUCUUUAUAUGGCUAGUCUUGAUUUUCAACCGUUUUAAAAGAUACCUUUAAUUUGAAUAUAUGAAUAACAACAUGGUCUAUGUGCCUUGCUUUUUUGUUGUUGGUUGGUUGGGAUUUGUUUGUUUGUUUUUGUGGAAGUAUGCAGAAGUUCUUUGUUGUGGUUUCUGAGCAGUUCCACAAAUGGGCAUGCCAUAGAGCUUGGAAGCAUAACUUUGUGGCCUAUAACUCCUGGAACCCUUCAAUCAGAUGGCCAGUGGAGAUAUUGGGGAUUCUGACAUUAGUAGUCCAAGAAGGUAAAUGUUUUCAAGCUCUGGCUUAUAAAGACCGUGGUGUAUAGAAUCUUGUACAGGCUGACAGGACUUGAUCACUCUUCCCUCAACUAAAUCUGUAGCCAUUGAGUGUAUCACACAAUGGAUACUGAGUACAUUAGUCCCUUUGACACUAAUACACAGAUUGUGUAAGGUGUUGAGGCCCUCUGUUUAGGUGGAAGGGGUCUCCUUUUCCUGAUAACUUAAAGAAGUUAUGCAAAGGGGCCUGCAUAUGUACAUCUAAUUUUUUUUAAAAAAAAUACAACAAACAACAAACAAACUAAGCCUUCUGUAGUCAUAUGUCUGCAGAGUGCCUUUUGGCAAGUAAGUGUAAUAUGAAUUAUUGAUACAAAGAAAUAUUGGUCUGGUUCAGAUGUAUAUAUCUUAGCUUAUUGAGCCAAGAUAUGCAAAAGCCUUGUGCCCACACAUUCUAUAAUUGUGCCAUUCAGUCCUCCUCCUCUGCAUGCUGCAGUUCACCAUGGCUGUUUCAUCCAGAUUGGGAAACUUCUCAUUACCAGAACUGAAUCAAGCCUAGAUCUUAAAAUAACUUCAAACUGUUGGAGGAAAAGAGUGCACAGACAAAAUACUGGAGAACAAAGCUCAUAUAUAUCUCAGCUUAGGGCAAAACAUAACAAACAUCUGAAUCAGGCCAAUAUGUGGGAAUGCUCAGAAGUCCAACAAGAGGUGGGCAGCACUGUUGUAUAUAUCUUUACCUGGUUUUGUAUGCUCUCAUUAUAAAUUGCACUGAGAUUGGCUUUGUUCUAUAUGAAAUUUCUUGCUUUUCUCUUUAUGCUUUUCUUCACUGCUCAGAGAUCUCUGCAUGUGACAGGUGAUGCCACUCAUAUUUAUUAACCAGACAGUGUACCAGACUUGGUGUUCACAUGUUCCCUCACUGUGGAAAUCUGUUGAUGCAGGCUUAGAUUCAGCAUAGGCCUCCUAGCCCAGCCUAUUUAUAAGUCCCUAUGAAGUCGUUUGGGAAUCACAAGGACGAAACUUCCCGAAGAACCAAUUCUUUUGGGCACCAUUUGUGAAAGAUUUAUUUAGCGGAAGCUUCACAUCAUUUGAGGCUCACUGCAAGCCAUUUAAACUCAGUCACUUCUUUUAAUUGUUUUGUAUAUUUUAAUGUUUUCAGUUGUCCUUACAGAGUUUCUGUUGAGCCACAUGACAGGAUGUUAGAAAAUUACAAAAUAAACAAUAAGCUGUUCUCUGUUUUUUA